GCGCUCCUAGCGCGGAGAGGGGCGCCGGUGUCCGCCGCCAUGGGGCGGUACUCGGGGAAGACGUGUCGCCUCAUCUUCAUGCUGGUGCUGACCACCGGCUUCUUCGCGGCCGAGCUGGUGUCGGGCUACCUGGGCAACUCCAUCGCGCUGGUGUCCGACUCGUUCAACAUGCUGUCGGACCUCAUCUCGCUCUGCGUGGGGCUGUCCACCGGGCGCAUCGCCCGCCGCUCCCGCCGCGGCCCCCGCGCCACCUACGGCUACAGCCGGGCCGAGGCGGUGGGGGCCCUCAGCAACGCCGUCUUCCUCACCGCCCUCUGCUUCACCAUCUUCGUGGAAGCCGUGCUGCGCCUCGCCCGGCCCGAGCGCAUCGACGACGCCCAACUGGUGCUCAUCGUCGGUGCCUUGGGCCUGGCCGUCAACCUGGUGGGGCUACUCGUCUUCCAGGACUGGGCCGCCUGCUGCCGCCGCCGCCGCCCCAAGACCCCGACAGGGCGGGAGGUCGGGCCGUCGGACGGCACCACCGAAGCAGGUGAAUCACCUAAUGACCAAAAAAGCCCUGAGGAGGGGUCUGGGAGGAAAGUAGAAAAAAAGUCCGAAGCUUUGAACAUCAGAGGUGUUCUUUUGCACGUUAUGGGAGAUGCGCUUGGAUCUGUUGUUGUGGUAGUCGCUGCUACAAUCUUCCACGUGCUUCCUCUGGAGGCUAAUGCUCCCUGUAACUGGCAGUGCUACAUCGAUCCAAGCCUGACAAUAAUUAUGGUGUUCAUAAUCUUGUCUUCGGCGUUCCCACUUAUCAAAGAGACCUCAAUUAUUUUGUUGCAGAUGGUUCCCAAAGGUGUUAAUAUGCAACUACUGACUGACAGGCUAGCUCGCAUCCCAGGGGUUAGCAGUCUUCAUGAGGUGCAUGUGUGGGAGCUUGCAGGAGGCAAGAACAUUGCUACUCUUCAUGUCAAGUGCCAAACCCCUACUGAUUACCAAGAUGCUGCCUAUAAAAUCCGGAAGGUUUUCCAUGAAGCAGGGAUCCACUCUGUGACCAUCCAGCCCGAAUAUAUUGACCACAAGACCUCCAGUCUCCUGUGCAGCUCACCUUGUAUCUCAAAAGCUUGUGACUCUCAGCUCUGCUGCAGUCAACAGGAGGCACCGCUGGCUAAGACUAAUGGCUAUACUGAAAAAAAUGAUAGCUGCCUUUCUGCACAGCGUAAAGACAAUGGUUCAAGUAAAAGUGAUGUUGAAAUCCGUAUUGACUCUCCACUGACAGAGAAUAGUGUUAAAGACAUGAAAAAUGGCGAAGUGUCUGAUGACAAGUCACAGUUGAGCAGUACACGAUUUUAAACAAUUCUGUCUACUCUGCAAAGUGUUUUCAUAGAAUAAAGGUGUACAGGCAGGAAAGUGUCUCAGCAGUGGUUGUAGCGGAAGGUGGUAUGGCAAAAAUAUUUCUCUGCUUUAGCUGUAAACCAAAAUACACCUAAAAAGCUUGUAUCUGAGAUGAGGCUUAAUAUUUCCAUAAAAGGUGUUGCAUUCAUCUGAGAUUUUUUCUGAUACAGCCUAGCACAGUUCCUUAUCAAACUGUGUAUGUUCCUGUUGCUUGAGUGGGUGAGGUGUAUUGCUGUCUACCUUGAUGCUUGCAGUGUACGGCCAGUGCCACUGGGAAUGAAAAUGAACUGCUUCCUGAGAGCUCUGUAGCAAGUUGAUGAUUGUACUGGGCUGAAGUACUGUAUGUUUGUAAUGGACUUGAGUAGAGAUGUUUUACUGAUCCUCAGAACCCACUUUGCAUAGCCAGUACCUUGUGCUUCUGAAGCUUGUGAAUGAAACUAAGGGUGUCUGACUGAUGGAAGGGAGAGCACUCAGGAAUAGUUGGCUUGCAUUAUUUUCUUGCCUCCUGUAUUUAGGGGCGGAGCAGGAGAUGGUCUUGCUUCUCUAGCAGUGAUACUGGAACCUUAGCCUAAUCACAGAUACACGAUGCUAAAGAGCAUGCAUUGUGUCAUGAAAGUAAGAAAUUACUAGCCUUGUCUGUACUGAUUCUAGCAAAUGAAAAUGCAGGCAAUCAUCCAGUUAACUUUUGAUCUAGUUCACCGCUGUGAUUAUGCAACUCGGUUCUUACCCCUGCUCCUCCCAAACAACAGAAGUUAAAGCAGACACGACGUUAAUUCAUUAUUAUGUGGAGCAGUUGUGGUGUAUUUAAUUCUGAGCGUCUGUCCUUAUCUGUGCUGAAUAAAUAAGCUAAUAUGCCUAUUAUGAAUAGUUAAAAAUCUACAAUUCUAUUAUUAAGACACAAUUUUAUAUUCAUUGAGAAAUUCCAUUUAAAGUUUUAUAAAGCAGCAUUAUAACUUAGAGGGAGUUUUUUUAAUUUUGAAAAAUAUAUAAAUUGGGAGCUUUUCCUAUUUUAGUCUCAACUAUUUGGAAAAUUCUAAGCCCUCUCCUUGCCAAGAGGUUCAUUUUGAGGUAUUUGGUGAAGCAGUUCCACUGUCCUUUUGGCUUUUUUUUUUUUAAAGACGUGCAAGGCUGCUUUAAGGAAAACAAGAUGACAUGCCCAGUCACCAAAUGUUGGAUUUUGGUCAGGACUUCUAUCCAGGUUUUUGAGAGAGGGGGACCCACUACCUAAUCCACACUGAGUGCAGUUCUUAGACUCCAGAAGCUUUCAAAUAAUUUCUUCUUGCUAUUGAAAGCAGCUUUUCAGUGCUCCAUGUGGCCUGGACAGGCUAUUUAGCUAGCUAUUCAUGGAGACACCUUUAUAAAAUAGUGGUGUCUUUAACUCAGGGACAGCUUAGUAGAAAGGGCAAAUCGAUUUCCUGCUGGGCUGGGAAAAUACCAGGGCCUCCUUGUAAGGCUGGCUUGGAAGCAGACAGCUCCUUAAUAAGGAAGAUUACAUGAAAUCAACACAUAGCAGGGUAUUUUGCUGCUUGGAAAAUUGUAUUACUGGAGCAGUGUGUUAACAGUUUGAAUAGCACACUUCUAGGUUUGUAUUUACCCCUUUUGAGCAGUUCCUGGCUGAAUUAAUGUAUUUAUAGCCCUUUUAUGGUAGGUUUGAAUUAUAAAAAUUGAACUAUAUCCUAAUACCAUUGAUCCUCCAUUCUGUUUGAUCCCGUUGGCGGGAUUUUGCUUUGCAGCUCUUGUGCAAAUUGAUGAAAAUCAGGAAGCAUUUCAAGAACUGCUCUGUCCUUUGAGAGCAUGCGGAAUGAAGUAAGACAGCCCUUACUUCUGGUUUCUUGUCCUUGUUUUCAUCUGUGAUGAUGUCUAAAUGGAGGGGCUUAGAUCUCAAUAACAAAGGCAUUUAUAGAUUUAUUUUCUGAGAACUGGAAUAGAAGGCUCCCAAAAUAUCAACAAAAUCUGUGCAGGAAUUUACAGCUCAGAUACCCUCUAAAGCAAGCACCCUUUCUUAAUUAUGCAUUUGUCUCUUAAAUCAGGUAAUCUUUUUAUAUACACAUUUUAUUAAAUGGUUUGAAGAUGGAGAGUCAGUAUUGUUUUACUCUGGAAUUAGAGAGGGUGAGCAUGUGUAAUGUUGGGCAUUUGACAAAAUGGACCAUUUUUUCAUUAUCUUUCCAGUGUUUCUUAAAACAGUGGUUAUCUAUUUUUUAAGUUUUUGAAGUUUGUAACCUGAAAAUACAAUGAAGUAACAUUCUUAAACAAUUUUUCUUGUCUGGUUGAAUGUACUGUAAAUAAAUAGGAAAAUACCAAGGACUGUAGAAAUCUUCAGGUCUAGAAAACAAGCAGAUUAAAAAACAUAAACGAAACAGUUUUAUUAGCAAGCGAAAUCAACAGAGCUAUGUUGCUGAUGAGGCGACCCUUGCUUUUUUCAUGCAGGGGCUGUCAGGGUACCCAGCAAAGGAUUUGACCUGGUAUCCCUGCCUUCCUUUCAGCCCAGCAACAGAAUAUUUGUCUCCUGUUUUAAACAUAGGAUAGCUAGGCUCUGCUGGGCGGUCCCUUUCUGUUUUGAUAGAUGACAUCAUUCCAAUCAGUGUGUAUUUUGUAUUGGCUAAUUUCCCUUAAUUUCUUGGCAUUCCAAUUCUCUUGAAGUAUGCUUACCUCAUUUUGAAGUACAAUACACUUCAGUAUUUGCACUUAUUUAUGGGCACUUAUUCUAAAUUCAGCUUUGUAGCGUAUUGCAUUGUCAUAAAUUCUCCUACUGUAAAUUCAAUUACUGUUUUUCUUCAGUAACUCUCCAAAGUGCAAAUCUUGCCUUUGCUCUUCUCUGUCAAGAAAAAUAAUAUGGCCUUUUUUUUUUUAGCAGUGUUGUCUUUUUUUCAACCAAGUUUUCAGUCACUUUUCUGUCCUUUCAGAUCCUUUUCUUGACUUGUAACUAAACCAUUUUUUUCCUUCUCUUCAUGUUCUUAUUCUUUAUCUUUACAAUAAAAGUAGAUCAAUUUUGCUAUCCUUCUGGUCAUGGACAUGUACCUAUAAUAUGAUUUAUAAAUACCUCUUUUAUGUACUGGUUUAAUUUUUGCACUUCACUUUAUACAAGUACACCCACUUUGAUUUUGCUGUGUGAAGUACUUUAUCAUUGCAAACUGAUUGUUGACCUUGUUUAGUUCUUCCUAUGCUUUCAUUUUCUCCUACCCUACUUUAAUGCUUUCCUUCCUGAGUGUUCCCUUUUAUUCGGAAGCCAACGUCUGUGGAUCGAUGACUUGAUGUGAGCUGUUCCAAGGAAUAUUUCAUGUCCUUUGGUCUGUGUAGAAGUGUGUUGUCUAAUGAGUCAUCUGAUUGAGAUUAUUUAUAUUUAAAUUCCCCUGCACUCCACUUGAAACAUCUUUUUAAAGAAAGUUGAUUUCUGAACCUGAGAAGGUAUAAUGAAAUCAGUGGUGUCCAUCAGUCUUUCAUUAACACCUUAGGGGAAAACUUGGAUCUCUCAUUAGAAAGCGAGUAAAGGGGACAAUUCUGAAAAGGUAAUCCAAGCACGAUGGAGAUUUCUAUAGGUUUUUCUUAUUCUGCUGUACAGUGGGAACAGUUUCUGUUAAAUAUUUUAUUUAAAUAGUGAUACCUUGGUUUGAGGAUGUCACUCUAUGAAGUUGUUACACUUAUGGAGUUAUGUUGCUUAAAACUUCUUCCAGUUUUUCUGUUCAUGAUGUGAUUUAAAUAACGUGCCAAAAUGUAAUUUCCAUGAUUGCUUAAUCAAUGAGUUGUAAAUCUUGCUAUGGUUUUAUUAACUGUUAGUGAAAAACUUAAAGUUUUAUGUACAGUUAUAUUUUUUUCCAAAAUGAAGUUUGAAUGUGUUGUAA